ACAUGUUGGUAUUUGUCAUACGUGUCAUGUGGUGUGAUCAUAUGGCAUAUGCCUUGGAAAUGUCUACAUACUGAUUUCAAUUUUAUUAUUACUUUUAUUAAUUAUUUUUGUUUGAAUGUGUGAUUCAAUUACAUGUGUAAAUUUGUGUUUAAAAUACGAUAGAGUCACCAAAUCUUCAAGUGUCAACAUGAUCUGAAUUUAAAGCUUACAAAUAUUGUUUAAAUAUUUUAUUUUUUUUCUUUAAAUACAACAGAUAAGUUAAGUUAACAUCUGUUGUUGUGAAGAUCAUGUGUUUUGGCUAAAUGUACUCACAUGAUUUUUUUUUAAAUUUAAUUUCUUCACUUCAAGUCUACAACAAGUGAUUGCAAAAAAAUAAUUAUAUUUUCAAAAAAUAUUUAAAACAAUAAAAUGCAAUCAACAAGAAGUUUUUGGAUACAAAAUUGUCGAUCUGAAAAUCGUGGUGUGUUUAUUACUGUUUUAAUACUGGCAAUAUUAAUUGGUACAAUUUUAUUUGCAUAUGCUGCAUUUGGACCUGAGGAUGAUAAUCGUUCAUUAAAGCAAAUUGCCAUUAUAUUUCGUCAUGGAGCAAGAAAUCCAACUGAAACUUAUAAAAAUGAUCCAUGGAUAACACACGAGUGGGAUGAUAGCUGGGGAUCAUUGACAAAAGUUGGUAUGAAACAAGAAUACAAUUUGGGAAAAUGGAUUAAAAAAAAUUAUGGUUCAUUUAUUGGAGAUAAAUUUAAAUCAACAAGUGUUUUGGUACAAAGUAGUUAUGCUGAUCGUUGUAUAAUGUCUGCACAAGCAUUAUUGGCAUCUCUAUUUAAACCAGAAAAUAAAGAUUUAUUUAUUGAUGAUUUACCAUGGAGACCUGUACCUGUUCAUUCAAUUCCUCGUGAUCAAGAUAAGUUAAUUGUAGUUAAAUGGCCAUGUCCAAAAUUGGAAGCAACACUUGCUGAAGCUUAUGCAAAUGAAUCGAAAUCAUCUGGUGAAAAUAUGACAUCAUAUUACAGUGAAUUAUCUUAUCAUACUGGAGAAAAUAUCAAGACAAUAACUGAUGUUGAAUUUCUCUACAAUACACUUGAAAUUGAGGAUCAACAAGGAUUAAAAUUACCAGAUUGGACAAAAAAAUAUUACAAUCAAGAUAUGAGAGAAAUUGCAGCUAAAAGUCUUGCAAUAUUUACUAGUAAUAAAAUUCAAAGACGUCUACGUGGUGGACCAUUGUUAAAAGAGAUUACAGACAAUAUGAAACGUUCACAAAAUGGAGAAGAUAAAAUGAAACUUUAUUUAUAUUCUGCUCAUGAUAUAACACUGGUUAAUGUUUUAAGAGCAAUGGGACUUACUGAAGAAUUAUUUAAGCCAGAUAAUGGUGCUGCUCUCAUUUUUGAAUUGAUAUUAUCUGAGGAUAGAGUUGAUCAUGAACCCAGUCAAUACAAUGUUAAAGUCAAGUAUUUAAAUAAUACAGAAAGUGAGGAAGCUGUUGUUUUGAAAAUUCCAGGCUGCAAGGAUCCAUGUAAAUUUUUAGAUUUGUUACAUGCCUGGAAUGACAUUCUUCCCAUUGACUGGAUUUCAGAAUGCAAAUUAUAAAUUUAUAUUAUCAAAUGUUUUUCUUUUUUUUUUUUUUUGCUCAAUUAUUUUAUAGGAUAUUAUUCAUCUUGCUGUUACUUAAUAUUUAUAACAAAUAAAUAUUUUUAUACUAAAAUUAUUUAAAUAAUUAAAAGCUAAAUUUACAUACUUGAA